GAGACACAGAGUGGAUGUAGCGCAAAAUUAAAGGAAAGGGAACAUAAAAACAGAAAUCCAAAAACAAAAUGGAGCUGAAACCUUUAUUAAAAAAGCUGCUCACUAUACUCCGUGCUGUCUUCACCUUCCUCUUCGCUCUGGUGGUCCUGGCGGUAAUGAUUUGGGCCUAUGUGGCAGGUUACCAGCUGGUCACCUCCCCUUAUGGAAUCAUCUCCUUUGGCUUUUAUGGACUGCUGCUCGCACUUCACGUACUCGUCCAGAGCUUCUUUGCCUUCAUCGAGCACCGGCGGAUGAAAGCUCGCACAGACGAGGUCUCCUUCACCAAAACUAUUGGCUUUACUAUCUCGGCGUUCCAGGAGGAUCCCAUCUAUCUGAGAGAGUGUCUAAACUCCAUCAGGGCCCUCAAGUAUCCUCCCGAGCUGCUGCGCAUCAUCAUGGUGAUCGAUGGAAAUUCGGAUGACGACAGGUACAUGAUGGACAUGUUCAGAGAGGUGUUUGCUGACCAGGACCCAGGCUUUUUUGUGUGGGAGAACAACUACCACACAUGGGACCCUGCUCAAGCCCAGCAGGGAGUACAAACUGGUUCAGUAGUUGGUCCUGGGGGGGAACCUGAUUAUAUAAUCAUAGAUGACCCUCAGAGAAAAGAAGUAGAGCAUCUGAUCAAGACGAAAAGGUGUGUGUGCAUCAUGCAGAAAUGGGGCGGCAAGCGUGAAGUGAUGUACACAGCUUUUAAAGCACUCGGGGACUCAGUGGACUACAUACAGGUGUGUGACUCAGACACUAAGCUGGACUCUAUGGCCACAAUGGAGCUGGUCAAAGUGUUGGAGAGCAACCAGAAGUAUGGUGCUGUGGGGGGAGAUGUGAUGAUCCUAAACCAGAAGGACUCUUACAUCAGCUUCAUGAGCAGCCUCAGGUACUGGAUGGCUUUCAACAUUGAGAGAGCCUGCCAGUCCUUCUUCAAUUGUGUGUCCUGCAUCAGCGGCCCUCUGGGCCUCUACAGGAAUGACCUCCUCCAGCAGUUUCUGGAGUCUUGGUACAAUCAGAAGUUUUUGGGGACUCACUGCACGUUUGGGGAUGACAGACAUCUUACCAACCGCAUGCUUAGCAUGGGCUAUGCCACAAAAUACACGGCCCGCUCUAAGUGCUACACAGAGACGCCUGCUCAGUUUCUGCGCUGGCUCAACCAGCAGACCCGUUGGACUAAGUCUUACUUCCGCGAGUGGCUCUACAACGCCAUGUGGUGGCACAAGCAUCACCUCUGGAUGACCUACGAGUCCAUCGUCUCAGGUAUUUUUCCCUUCUUUGUUACCGCCACCAUCAUCCAGCUGUUCUGGACUGGCACGCUGUGGGACAUCCUGUGGAUUCUGUGCUGCAUCCAGCUGAUCGGGCUGGUGAAAGCGGCCUACGCCUGCAUUCUGCGACGGGACUUUGUGAUGGUGUUCAUGUCCCUGUAUUCAGCUUUGUACAUGACCAGUCUGCUGCCAGCUAAGUAUUUCGCUAUUCUCACCAUGAACAAAAGCAGCUGGGGGACAUCGGGCAGACGUAAGAUUGUGGGGAAUUACAUGCCUCUCCUUCCUCUGUCAGUGUGGGCGGCCAUUUUGUUAAGUGGGAUGGGUUACACAAUCUAUGAAGAGAGUCAGAUGAACUGGUCAACUGAGGCAAAGAGAGAAGAGAUAAAGUUUCUUGUCUUUGGCUGUGUGGCAUAUGCUUUCUACUGGCUGUUUAUGAUGUGCCUGUACUGGGUGUGGUUUCGAGGGGCAAUAAGAGUACGUACUAAAAGUUACACUCUGAAUGUGUAGGUCCAAAUGUUCCACUAAUGAAGGAAGAUAAUUUUUUUAAAUCCUCCAUAUAUGUUAUUUUAUUUAUUUUGUCUCAUUUUAUACUUACUAUAGGAGGGGAUUUUCAUAUAGCUGCUAUAAACAUAUAAGAAAAAAAUGAAAAGGAACAGAGCACUUUUAAAAAACAUGACAGAAAUUCAGUGGAAUAUGCAAGGACAAGUGUUGGGAAAUUGCAUCAUAUGGAGAUGUUGUUGCACAUUGGAAUGAAAAAGUACUGAAGAGGUCCGGCACCUCUCAGGUAUCUCUUUGUCAGAUUUUUAUGGCACAGAUGACCUUCCAUCAGAUAUUUAUUUAUGAUAUCUAAAGACCUGAAAGUGCUGUUCAGAUUUAUUAUAUAUGUAUUUAAGGGUGACGGUGAUGGAUCUUGUGUUAGGUGUAUGUAAUUAUUAACUGUUUUGUGCUUUACUGUGUCAGUUUAGUGACCAUUACUUCACCACUGUUCUUUUUGCACUGGAUCCUGGAUGGCACUUUCUGCAGCUCUGCAGACCUACUUGAAUAUUCAGAAAUGGCAGUUUUAUUGCUGCACAUUGGAAAAAUUGUACAAAUGAAACAAAGAAACCAUACCUCUAUGAGAAAAAUGAACAAUCAUGAUGAUGCCGUGGCUAAAGACCAAAAUAUGAUGUCACUUACUGCAGCCUGAAACACUGGUGACGGAGGCUUCUUUACAUUUUGUAUUUUAUCUAUUUGCUGUAUACCUGUACUCUGUUGAAUGGGUGUACUGUGCAGGAUGCACUUUGUUAAACUUGAUGUGACAGAGGAGAAUGGACAGAAAUAUGUUAGUUUUUAUAUAUAUAUGUUAUCAGCAAUACUGAUGUUGUGGAAACUGGAAGUUGUGUAAAU